GACUCUGCACUAACAUCCCGCCGCCUCGCUCCUCUGUCCUCUGCUUCCGCCACACUCCAGCCAGGAGAGGGUUAAAUGUAAGGGGGGAGGAGUCAGGGACAGGGAACGGGGAGGGGCCAGGGCAAUAGACCAAUCUCACAAAUCGGGGGCGCCCUGGCACCCGAGUGCUGAGACGCCUCCGAGUUACACACCUAUGGAGGUCUUGUGGGGCCUCCCCGAAUUCCUGAAGACGCUGCUGGGAGGGGACUGAAGCUUCCCCGCCUUGAUGGGGAGGGGGGCGGCUGGAGGGAGUUAUUCUGGCUCUCCAGGCUGUGCGCUCUCCUCCCUGGAGCCCACUCUGGACCCCAUUGUUUAGGGAAAAGGAGAAAUUAAGAGGGGUGGGGAAGGGGCGUGAUUGGAUGUGGGCUGGAGCUGGAGCGUGCGGGCAUGACCUUUGACCUCCGGACGCAGUAUGGAGGAGGCUGGUCCCGUGAGGGGUGUGGUUAGGGCUCCUGGGCGGGGCCGGUAUUCUGGUGGGCGGGGUUAGGACUUGCGAAGCGUCAGGAAAAGAGGUGGGGCCACGAAAGCCGGUUUAUGGGAGUUCCUAAAACUGGUGGGGGGGGCAGUCACCGGCGGAGAGCGUAGUUAGAAUUCGUUGCGGAAACGGGUGAGGAAAAGGAAAGAGGAAAAGGGUGGAGCCUGGACUAGAGAGGGGUGAGGCCUGGGAGAGAAGAGGGCGGAGUCGAAUGCUGGAGUAUAGUCUGAUUCGGAGAAAAGCAAGUUGGAACUGAGGCGGCGUUGCGCCUACGGAGGGGCGGGCUUGAGAGGCCUGAGCCAGAAGGAGGCGGGGCUUGGGCGAGGCUAGAUGCCUGGAAAAAGUUGGAGUCCCGAAAAGGGGCAGGGUCAGGCAGGGCGCGGGGAAGUGGCCCCAAAAAGAGGGAGGGGCUAAGCCUUGGGACGGGCUCACAUUUAAGAGGCUUGGGUAUAACUCAGAAGUCUACCGUAGUCGGCUGGGCAGAGACCUGAAUUUAAGAAAAGACCAAGUAUUACAAGCCUGGGGCGGGGUCAGAACGCUGUGGUUAAAUUUUAGCUUGAUAACGGUUGGCUAGAGGCUGAGGAAGGGCGGGCCUAGAACGCUGAGGAGGCCCGCCCGCGCGGGGGCGUGACCACGCUGGCGGGGGCGCGGUUGGACCAGGGAGAUUUAGACCGCGGAGGCGGUCCUCCGAGGGGGCGGGGCCUGUGUUGCAGGGGUGGGGCCUGUGCGGGCCUCCGCACCCGGCGGAGUGGGCUGCGGGGAUGCGGGGCACGAGCUGCGUGGGCGGCGGCGAGAGCCCGGGUGGCGCCGGCCUAAGCGAGGGCCCGCGGGGUCGCUGGCUGCGCUUGGCCCCGGUCUGCGCCUACUUCCUCUGCGUCUCAUUGGCAGCAGUGCUGCUCGCCGUCUACUACGGUCUCAUCUGGGUUCCCACGCGGCCCCCCGCGGCCCCGGCCGGCCCGCCGCCCAGCGCGCCGUCCGCUCAGUGCGCCGCCCGCCCAGGCGCUCCGCCUGCUCCGGCGUCCGCCGCUGCUUCAGUCUCCUGCCUCCUGGGAGCCCCCGACGGGCCGCGACCCCGGCUUGAGCUGCCGCACAGCCGCCGCCGCCGCCGCCGCCGCCGCCACAGCGACCGGAGCCGCCAGACGCCUGGAGAGACGCCGGAGGCAGCCAGGAGGCGAGGGCUCGGGUGAUCAUCCCAACUACGCUAAGCUAGACCGCUGAUCCUGGAGAGCCCGGCGCCCGCACCGUGGAUCCGCCGUUCCCAGUUGGGCCCGGACUCAGUCUUCAUGAAAUCGCCUAGCGUCUCUGGCGCCGUCAUUCUGAAGAAUGGGGGUGAGGGGGAGGGCGAAGGGGAGCUGUCUUGGGGCCUCGCGCUUUGCAGCUCUUCCACUGUUUGGCCGGGUCUUCCACCAUCUGGCAGACCACAUUUUGACCUCUGUUCCUGACCCUCCGUAGGAUUCUGAGCACAGAGCCCACAGCUCGUCCCCCUCUCUGAAUCUCCGUAUCCAUACAUCCACCUGCAAUAAACUCCAGUCCCAACUGC